UGACGCAAGUCAAGUUUGGAGUCACGGAAUUUUACAGUCCUUGAGCUGAGAAAGAAAGCAUUAAAACUCAGUGUUAAGUUCGUGAGGCUCGAAGCCUCACGCGCUAACAAACACGCGAACACUGCAACAGGGACACUGCAACAUCAUGGCCCACGUUGUCUUCCAGUUAUGCGUCGUCACUUCUUUCUUCGUGGUCAAGACUGAAGCCUUCUUCUCUCAACCAGGUGAUAAUACUUACACUCCUAAGAUUAGAAACCUCAUUCAACUCCUUUUAUAUUGUCAUGAAGUGUUUAGGCCAACACCGCGUCCCUUAUCAAAGAGCAGGAUGCGGUAAAUACAUUAUGCACCGCUAGUAAUGCAAUACCGAUCGACCGACGUUUAUUUCUUGUUCAUGAAAGCUGAAUAAUUUUCAGAAACACCAGAAAAAUCGAUCAAUGUCAUGUAUACGAAGUCAAAAUACUGUCGACUUCUUGUAGGGUCUUUGUAAACAAGAAAGAAAUCAAUUCUUAUGAUCCAAGCGUUUUAUUUGCUAUUCAGUUACGUCAAUAGACUUAUGUGUGUGCAUAUCACGGGUUUUUUUAUGUGGUGUGGUAAUUUCGUCUAUGGAUGGGUCAUUUAUUAUCGUUAGAUGAUAUGUUGUGCAGGUUAUUACUGUAGCUUUAUCGAAAAUCAACCAAAUGACGAACUCUUUUUCCAAGAUUUUUGCUUGGCGUGAGGGGACAUGGAAUGUGCUUUGCAAGCAGUAUUCAUCCAGUACAAUAGGUCACGAGAUAUCUGGUGUUUGACGAAAGACAUCUGUAGAGUGGGUGUUGUUGACGGACUUUUUAGUUAUGCGGAGGAUAUGCCGGUUGAGAGAUCAUUUAUCCGUCAAAGCAAUGACUCUAAGAAGCACAUUUAUGCCUCUAACAAAAAUAUUUGCGUGAACUCGCGUGCCUGACAAAUAAUGCUGGUGACGCAUUUAUGCUAGGAUAAAGACGAAAGAAAGUCAGGAAUUCACCCAAGCAUAACACUAGGGCAUUUGGAAAGAGACUUUGCAUGUGUAAGCCCUCAAAGGAACUCUUUAGAGAAACGUCUCAUAUCGCCAGUGGUUUCAAAAAAAGAGUAGUCCUUUGAAGAGGCUGAACAUAACCUUUAACGAAUUUCUGGUCAGAAUAAAACAAACACAAACCUUCCUAUUUGUAUGAACUCGCGUGCCUGACAAAACAUACUGGUCACGCAUUUAUAGUUUGGAUUAAAAAGAAGAAAGUAAUUCGUCCAAGCAUAAAACUAGUGCAUCUGGAAAAAGGGUAUGUGUAAGCCCUCAAAGGAAACUCUUUAGAGAAACGUGUCACGUCGUCAGUGAUUUUUUUAAAAAGAGUAGUCCUUUGAAGAGACUGAACAUAAACCUUUAACGGAUUUCUGGUCAUAGUAAAACAAACUUAAACCUGAAACAAGUCCUAACAAAGAAAAUGCAAACGAUUUCCAUUCCUUAGUAUUCAUACGGGAAAAGGUUAUUGCCCCGUACCCGAAAGGUUCUGGGAAGAGUUGGGCCGAAAGUAGUGGUGGGCAAGAACGAGAGAGCCUUAGUUGUAGGCCGUAUCAGAGCCUUUGGAUUUUGUUAACACGCUCAAAAAAUCUAAGAGAUUUUUUACCAUAAUGGCUCAAAAUACACGUUGAUUAUCGUAGAAAUGGAACGUAUGGAAAGAUUUUGUCAGGAUGGCUUGGGAUGGCUGGGGCCUAAGUAAGUAAGUAAUAUCGUGGAACCUUUAAGGAGAUGUUAGGCGAGACGAUUCGCAAGGACGAUUUUUAGCGCAACACAGCGUUUCAAUGUUGGAGCAAUUUUGUAACUAUUCGAAACAAUGACGCAACAAUGUUGCAACGCUGCGUUGCGCUAAAAAUCGUCGUUGCGAAUCGUCUCGUGUAACAUUACCUUUAGACCCUGGUUAGAUCUACCAUGAAGUCCUAAACCAGGCUUCGUCACUUUUUAGGAGAAGCUGCCUCAAAACGUGGUCAGACACCACCUCCCACUUUUUUAGAGGCUCCUCAGGAAAUCCACUACUUUGUAACAAGGAAGCAGCCGGCUAAUCUGACAUGGGUGGCAACUGACGUUUGCAAGAUGCAGAUUAAGUGUAACAAAGAGAAAUUUAGAGAUGGAAAUAACCGAGUCUGCAAGCAAACUUGUAGAAAAUGCAAAACGAGGAGAAGGACAAAAAUUGUUAAGGUGAAAGAUUUCCCUGAAGGUGUCAGGUCCAUGACAUGCCAGUGCAAGGUCUGGGGGACAAAAGUAAUUAAAACUGAGAAGAUCAUCGUGGAGAAAGCUUGUGAGUAUUUUAAUGUUUAAGAUGCUCAAACACGGUCCAAAUUUCAGGAAAAAAAGAACACACAUCAUCAUCGUACAUUACUUACAAUAUUGAGAAGUAUUUAUACGGACUGCCAAUUAGCCCCCUCCCCCCCCCUUCCACUCAUACACCCCGCGAUAUAGGCCCAUCUUCUUUUAAACUAAAAAAUAAACAUUUAGAGC